AUGCCGGCGUCGGGCGCGUUGCCGUCGCUUUACUCCGUUCUUAACCCUCUUUGCUCAGUGUGGCGACUCGCCGAAAGUACCGGAUCUCGAUCAGAUCCGCGGAUUCAGCCAUCGAGCAGCCCGCAGAGAAGCGACUGCGAAGCAACCACCAUCACUAUCGCCAUCAACACCACCACCGCCGUCGCCGCCACCGACGCCGCCAACACUACUGGCGAGUCCUCUUUUACUGUUGCGGGAAUCGCGCAUUUUAUACAUUUGAAUAUUAUGGAAAUGUCUACGCGUCUUUUUCCCUUCGCCUCUUUUAUGGUACAGUGCUCAGCCUCUCGGAGAUUCUCUUAG